AUGUCUCAACACGACAUCAACACGCAGAUUUUGGAUAUACUGAACGACUUGGAGGACAAUAACUUUGAGAAAUUCUGCUUUUUGCUCCGGGACCGCCGUGAGAAGCCGCGGAUCAGACUCGGAGAGGUGGAGAACAAAUCCCGCGUACAGAUCACCAAGCUCCUGGUGUCCCGGUGCACAGAGGAAGGAGCUGUGCUUAAAACCAUCAAUACUCUGGAGAACAUCGGCUGCAACGAGGAGGCGCAGGAACUAAAACAGUGGAACAAAGCUCGUCUAGAGAAGCUCCGCCCCUCUCUGCAGCCCAGCGCAGAGGCUCAGGCUGUGGUGGCUGCCCGCAAACCCCUGGAGAAGAUGACUCCAGAGCCUCAGCUGGACUAUCCCAGAGACGAGCUUCUGCCACUGGGCCGCUCCGUCCUCGUGUUCGGCCAGUACAGAGGCCAGAGCUUUGAGUGGCUCCUGCUGAACGAUGUGGGCUACGCUGUGUACGUGGUCGCUACGCACCAGGAAGAGAGAGAGACGAGCGGAAAGCAGAGCCAUGACUCGUGGCACAUGAAAAACAAGGACGCUCUGGCAGAGUAUGUGAGCUCUUUCCCAGAGAUUGUGGAAGAAGUGCACUUUCAUCGUGAAGGCCUGGCUCCUCUUGGAUUUGGAAAAUUUAAAAAAUCAACUCGCAAGGAUUUGUACAACUCCAAUGAUGAGGAUAAGAAGAGAUAUAUGAAGUAUCUCCGAGGAAAGGCAGAAAAUUAUACAAAAGGAUCUCAAAUGGAGGCAAUGAUAAAGUACAUCCUGCACCGCGAUAAACACGACCAGGGCACCUCCCACCACCUGGGCACCUCCCACCAACCGGGCACCUCCCACCAACCAGGCACCUCCCACCAACCGGAUACUUCCAGACAAAUCAAACGACCAAUGAGAAGCUACAACAGGAAUAAAUUCUUCAGAGGGAAAAGAUUCAAGUCAGAAGCCUCUAAACAAAGACGCCAAAGAUACAGAUAGGCCACCAAAGAGCCACCGGAGGAUCCUCAUCGUUUUUAUGUCAAAUGUAUGAAAACAGGAAAUUAUUGAUUGAUUUAAAGUUUUACUAAUCAUACACAAAUGUGGGUGAAGCAGCAACAACUGAACCACAAAUUUUUAUAUUAUUAAAUUCUUAGUAUAUAUAUUAUAGAUUUUAAAUCUUUCUAAACCCAUUAUGUAAUGUACAUGUGCAGAUCAUGAUUAAAGAGGGCGUAUUGUGCAAA